AUGCUUUGCAAUGAAUCUCCUAACAUCCCAUUUACAGUGUUUCAAAUGCAUUUUUCACAAGGUAAGCUUAAUUUAAUGUGCAUGUGUAUGUUGUGACCUUUGAUUAGAUGCUGUUGUGUAUGAAGAAAAAUUCUUUUUGUAUUACCUGGGGUCGGUUUCAUCACCAUCCAGUGGAUAGCGUUGUAUGUUAUCACAACACUUAAAGGCGAAUAGUGAUUCAUUCUUUGGAUAGCGUUAUCCACUCGUUGAACAACCAGGGCCUGGUUUUUUGGGAGUUUUUCUUCUCUUGAUUUCCUCUAUCAAAGUGAUUUUAUAUUAAACGAAUCAUAAUAAAAGUAGGUUCAUUACAAUUUUUCUGCCUUUUUUUUUGACAGGUGCCCGUCUGGUUGUCUACGACAACUCUUGCAAUUUGCAUUCGUAUUGUUUAAAUCGGGAUCCUGUCUUUUUCAAGAACUCUCAGUUCCUUGUGGAUCGAUUGCAUUGGCGGGAUCAUACAGGUACGUAAAUCACCCCAAAACUGGCUUUUUCGGUUUGGCCAUCUUUAAUCUUCGGUGUUCAUUUAGCUAUGCUCUCGGGUCUAUCCCCUCUUACUAACCUAAUGGCACAUUACACACAUUUAUUGAAGCACAUUCGACGUAAUAUGUUAAUCUUAACUUUCUCAGUACCAAUGCUAAGCAAUCGAACAUGCUUUUUUUCUUUUUCAGAUUGCUCUGAGGCUUACAACCUCUCCCGUUACCCUCAGUGGGACACCUUAAACAGUCAGGCAGCAGAACAAGCCUAUUCAAGCUUGAAGUCUUUCAAAGGAUUCUUGUCAUACAUAAACGAAAAGAACUUCAUGACUCGUUGUAUAUUUUUCAUUUGGUAUCGAAAUUCGCUACGGCGUAAGCAGCUCGAGUCCCAAGGUGUAGCAAUGUAA